GUUUUCUUCCAUCUACUCCCCGAAACGAAAGGUCAUGGAUGAAGACGAAACUGAUUUUUCUCCGUCUACUCCUCCACGAGUUACAACCUUCUCUUUGGUGGAUCCGAUUACUCCCCUGCGAGAUACUAUCUCCUGUUUGGUGGUUCCAGAUACUCCGCCACAUGUUCUUCUGGAAAGAGAGAAAGAGUUUGACGAUCAUAACUUCUUGCCAUCUAAUUUUGUGGUGAAGAAGGUAUCACGGAAGUUAGCAAUGAAGAAGGACAGAGUAUACAAUCCAACAUUCGGAUUCCAGACACCUGUCUUCAUGGAUAUUUUACGAAUCUGGUUUCCAAUUUGUUUUGGAGAGAAGGGAUAUGGUGAAAGAGAGAAAAAGGAUGAAAAGAUUUCUGUGUCUGGAUCUAAAUCAUCAUCCCCAAAUGCUCCUUCGGCUUCUAGUUGAAGAAGCUCUGCUAUGGAAAUUUCCUCCUCCAUUAUGGAUGUGCAGCAGUGAUUUUGUUUUUUGUGUGCAGACUGCUAGGCUUUAUUUUUUGUUUUAUGGUUGAACAUGGUGGAAACUGAUGAUGGUGGCUCUAUAUGUACGCUGAAACGUAAUUGGAGGGAAACUAAAAUUUUUGGACUCAUAUUCUCUCCCUCCGCAAGUGGACUUGAUAAUUUAGUAGUACAUGUACGGUUGUAUGUGGAUGUAAAGAAAAGUCAUGUACUGUUGUUAACAUUAUUAACAUGUGGAUGUAAUGAAAACUUUGAUUGAUA